AUGAAGGAAGAGUAUAGGAAGAACACUCAGUCGCGUGCCAAUAAGCUGACAGUGUACUGCCCUGUCUGCGGCGAUAGAUUUGUCGACCAUGAAAGUCUCGCCAACCACUGCAACGAAAAGCAUAGUGAUGAGGGUGCGAAUGGUGUAGAACAAAACUAUACCGUUUACUCUCUGACAUUCCAGACCAAGGAUGAAUUUGAGAUGAAAGGAUGUUUCGGGCAUAUAGGGCACGACAUCGAGCCUGCUCUUCUGCCCUUGACGGAAGAGCAGAAGCAACAUUUGAGGCACUUAUUAGAAGGUCACUCUUUGGAAUAUGUCAUACGCAGAAUGAGAAGCGACUUCUCACCAAAAACGUCACGGCUUCACUUUGUAACCAAGUCAGAUCUUCGAAACAUAAUGCAAAAAUAUGGAAUGGGACCCGGACUUCGCAACAACAAUGAUUUGACUUCGCCACAAAUGCAAGUAGACGAAAAUAAUUUCGAUGAUGGGAAACAAAUGCUAGAUAAGGCAGAAGAUCCGAGCGGAAAAAGGUUCACUUCGGGUGGGAAACGCCGACGGCUGGCUACGGCAUCUUUUAGGACUCAACAGACAUUGACAUGCCACGGAUCUGCCGUGACUCAUCAUGAAGGGAAGAGACUAAAGAUCAGAAGCAUAGCAAGGAGGAAGCUUGAGGAAGGGGAAACUUCAGAAAAAGCUCAUCUGGCUGAGAGUAACGGCCAAUAUGGUUGUGAACCAGGACCUUCAAGCAACGUCGAAGAGGCUCACUCAAAAACGGCAAAGAAAGAAGUUGUAUGCAAAGUUCAACUAGCUGCUGCAGACCCAAUGGUGCAUACCCAGGUGCAAAUGGAGUUGAGAAAAGCAUGGAGGAGCAAAAUCCAAAUGAUCACCGCCCGUCCACAGCUGUCCAGGCCUGGUGGGGGGUGGGCGAAGCUUGCAAAGGCGAAGUUGUACACGGUAAGAACUGGCAAACUACAAAAUUAUUUAAGUGAUUCGAAAAACAAUCAACCGAUUGCGAAUCACUUCAAUCACUGA